GAAAGGAAUCCGUUGAGGGAGGGUACUCUGCUGAACGGGACAAGAGCGACGCGUCUUUUCGAUCAAGAAGUUUCACCCAUCGAUGCUGAUGCUGCUUUGGCAGUACUUCCCUAUCGGCCACCAGUCCGACCUCGACUUAUCUUCUCCGAAGAAGACGAGAGUAUCUCCUUGACGUUAACGCGUGGACUGCAGAUGGGCAAGGACAGAUGGGCACAAGUCUGGCUCGCAUCCGUGCACAAGCAUUUUGUCCCCAUUCGGAAGAUGAUGACGACGAGGACGACGAGGAAGGACCUUCUCUGUGCACUUCUGCAGGAAUAUGCAGAAAUGAAGCAUGGGCAUUUGUGCAGCUGAGACCUUUGCAAGGUCUA